AAAAAAUGAUUUCGAUCUUUACCCGAAACUACGAAUAAAAAAAAUCUUAUUAACUAAUUUCACAGGCAGGCCUUAAUUGAGCAAAAUUUCCGAUUCGAGCAAUCUGUUAAAUUUUUAAAAUUACGGAAAGAAUUAUAGCUUGAAUUUUAGCGGAGAAAAAAUUGCAAUUUUGAGUGAAAAAUCUCGCCCUGUCCGCCAGACGCGCUUAUUAUCCAGCAUCCUAUAUCGCGCAUUUAUCAUAUUGCGAUACGACGUAUUUAUUAUGAUCUCAUACCAAGACAUGAGCGAAACAGGGUAGGGUAGGUAGGUAGGGACCACAUAGCAGGCGUGUGGGGGUAGAGACGGCCGGCGUGCGAGACAAUAUAUACCUGACGAGGGCCUGGUGUUGCCGAACACCUGCUCCACACCGGGUCCGAGCGGACCUUUGUCCAAGGGCCGAUAUAAAACUUGUACACCGUUUCGGCCGCAACCAGUAGGCUUUCGAGAGGCGAUCAAGCGACAUUCGCCACGUUCCACAUACAGACUUUGCUUAUCGAUUGAACGAUUUCACCGCUGAGAUCAAUCGGAUUAUUUAUAAAUCGCAUUAACAGUCUGAAUAAAUCGUAUCGAUUGUGCCAAAGCAGCAGUGAUAAAUUGCGGUAUCGUAAAAAAUAGAUUCCGAAGAUUUAAUAAUCGUCAAAUUUUUGAGAAUGAAACAGAUCCAUCAAUUGCUAAAUAUCAAAAUUUGAGGAAGAAUUUAUGAGUUAUGAAAUUUACAAUACUUAAAAAUUUGUAAAACAAAAAUAUAAAAAGGACAUAUAAAUUGUAAAACAAAAACAUUGGAAGAAGAUUGAAGAUUCCCGAAAGAAUUGAAAAAAAUCCAGGAUUGUGUCGAAAUUGACGGAAAUGGCAAACAUACUGUGGCUGUUAUCAGCGAUUAUAGCGAGCACGUUAACUAUUGGCACGUGUAUGGACGAAGAUCUCAGCAGUACGAUCAAGUUAUUAAAGGAGCAAGUGGGUGCCCUUCUGGAACAUCGACAAGAAGAUUAUAAUGCUCUGGAAGAGAGCCUGAAGCGAGCGAUGGAGAAAAACACAGAACUUAUGGUUCUUAAAAACGAAGUGAAGCAACUCAGGAAGGAAGUAAAUGCUCUUCGCGGCGGAAGCGGCAAUGAAGCAAAGAACGAGCGAUUGCGCGUGCGAUGGCUCGGUAGCGCUGUGACGGAGCUGCAAAGCGAGGUCGCCGAGGUGCUCAGGACGCGGAACGCGAGCGAGGAGUUGGCCGAACGGUCGAGGAUGCGGAGCGAGCUGGCCUUGCUGAAGGGCGACGUCGCCGAAGUCGGUAAAAGCAUACGCGAUCUCGGCGGAAGAAUCACCAUGAUAGAAGCCACCCUCGGUACCAUCAGGCUCGACAUUGCAGCGACCAAGGAACGCACCAGCCUCAUAUCUCGUUCCUGCGCAGAUGUCAGUAGUCAGCUGAGCACGGUGCAGAUCGAGCUGAAGUCCUUAAAAUGUGAGCAAAAGCCAGAACAUCGGCCGAACAAAGCUGACAUCUUCCACAAUGAGGUGAGGGGAUCGCAUGAGAUUGGGUCGAUCCGAAGGCACAGCUACUAUUCCCACGCUCUAUCCCAUCGUGCACGCUUGGAGGACCGUCUACGAAAUGUCGAGCGGAAAAUCUCCAUUGUAGCGCGAAAACGAGCGAUGGUCGAGAAGCGAGUGGUAUUUGAGGAUCACGAACAUCUCAACGAACGGAUGAAGAGUCUCGAAUUGGCACAAACCGAGCUCUCGAAGAAGGUGUCCAACGCUAGCCGGGACCUGGUGUCGAUGAACGAGCUGGACGAGUCAAUGGUGCGACUGUACGAUUCGGUGCGCUUACUCGAGGAAGCCGUCUACGUCAAUCGCUCGGAAGUAAAGCGAGAGCUGGCUAGACUGGAGAUAAACGCAGCGCGAAAGGCAGCCGAGCUGUCGCUGACCAGGGAGGAGCUGAGCAAUCUUCGACGCGCGGUACAGGCGCUGAGCGUGAGCGCGUCGCAGUUGCAGGAGAAGAGUGACGCGCAACGGAAGGGUCUGGACAUCCUGAACGAAACUCUGAGCCGUCUGGAUUUAACGCAAAAUCUGGCCAAGGCGGUGAACGUCACGCACGAGUUGGAACAGGUGGAGGAUCAGUAUCGUCUUAUGGUGGACUCUCUUCCGGGCAACUGCGAAAAGCGCAAUGGUUUGACUCUGUUAGCGCCCGGUCCCGGGGCGCCCUUACUAGCUUCCUGCCACGACGGCUCGAUCGUUGUAGCCCGCAGAAUUGACGGCGCGAUGGAUUUCGAUCGCAGCUGGAACGAGUACUCGAUCGGCUUCGGCUCUCCGGUCAGCGAAUUCUGGAUCGGCAACGAGGCGCUGCAUCGGCUCACUCGCGACAACUGCAGCAGACUGCGAGUCGAUCUGACCGACACUUACGGCGUGCACUGGCGUGCCGAGUACGAGCAUUUCACCGUCGACUCUGAAGAGACCGGCUACCGGCUCCAUGUGUCCGGUUAUUCGGGCAACGCAACCGACGCGCUCUCCUAUCAGGAUGGAAUGGCGUUCAGCGCCAAAGACCGCGAUAUGGAUAUCAGUACCACCGACUGCGCGGCCAAUUACCGCGGUGGAUGGUGGUUCAGCCAUUGUCAGCAUGCUAAUCUCAACGGCAGAUACUCUUUGGGUCUGACGUGGUUCCAGUCGAAUACAAAUGAAUGGAUGGCAGUUGCGUCCUCCGAGAUGUUGGUGCAACGGAAGCAAAACUGUUGACGAUCCUGAAAAGUUAAAUCAAACAAUGAAAUCAUUUAUGUUGAAUCAAUAGACAAUACUUUGAAGAACUCUAAAGCAGUGUGUUCUAUGUAAUUUGAAGUUCAGUAGUCAAUCGACGAGAACAUUUAUUGCAAUACCAAAGAGUUAAAGACUUUAAUGUAAAUACAGUGUAUGAUUAUGCACAGAAUGGACACUGUAAAAAUGUGAAAAAAAAAACGUAGAUAUAACUUAUUACAAACAUAGAUAUUACAUAGUGAUAGAAAAAAAAAGAUCAAUUUUUUGCACCGAAAUAAAUUACAUAUUAAAAAAA